AUGCCAGUUCAGGCUGGAGCCACCGCCCAGCCUUAUACUGUGUCCUCAGGCUGCAUAUGUGGGAUUUGGACAGCACGACUGGGGAGGACCAGGAGCUUCGGUCCACGGACCCGACAGUGCCCCGGGACCCCCGGCACCAGCAUCCCCCACCCCGAGACCUCUGGUACCAGCAUCCUUCAUACCGGCAUACUCCAUUCCAGCAUUUGCUACCCUGGGACCUCCGGUAGCGGCAUCCCCCGACCCCGGGACCUCCGUGUUCGAAAUGCCCCGUCCCGCCCCGCUCCGCUCCGCCCCGUUCGGCGGGCGCAGGCCCGAAGGCAGCCUGCUCCGCCCUACUGCGCCCAUCGCCGUGGCCUCAGAGCGCCGGGACAGACGGGCAGAUCCCGGGGACGGAGCCGUGCCAUGCCGUGCCUAUUCGCGCCCCCGUCCGGUCCGGCGAGACUCCGGGCCGCGGCCGUGCUGCUGUGCGUGGUGCUAGGCGCCGGCCCGGUCCGGCUCGAGCCCUCACCCGGUCCCUUCCCGUUCCAGGACCCGGCGCUGCCCUGGCACCGCCGCCUCGACGACCUGCUGGGCCGGCUGAGCCCCUCCGAGAUGGUGCUGCAGGUAGCGAGGGGGGGAGCGAUGGGGAACGGCCCCGCACCCCCCAUCCCGCGGCUGGGCAUCGGGCCCUACAACUGGAACACGGAGUGUUUGCGGGGCGACGCGGAGGCACCGGGAUGGGCCACAGCUUUCCCCCAGGCGCUGGGGCUCGCUGCAACCUUCAGCCCCGAGCUCAUCUACCGGGUGGCCAACGCCACUGCCACCGAGGUGAGAGCCAAGCACAACAACUUCGACGCCACCGGCCGCUACGGUGACCACACAGGGCUGAGCUGCUUCAGCCCAGUCCUCAACAUCAUGAGGCACCCACUGUGGGGCAGGAACCAGGAGACCUACGGGGAAGAUCCAUUCCUGAGUGGGGAGCUGGCCCGCAGCUUUGUGCAGGGACUGCAGGGCCAGCACCCUCGCUACAUCAAGGCCAGUGCUGGCUGCAAGCACUUCAGUGUGCAUGGAGGCCCUGAGAACAUCCCUGUCUCCAGGCUCAGCUUCGAUGCCAAAGUGCUGGAGCGGGACCUGCGCACCACCUUCCUGCCCCAGUUCCAGGCCUGUGUGCGUGCCGGCUCCUACAGCUUCAUGUGCAGCUACAACAGGAUCAAUGGUGUUCCUGCCUGUGCCAACAAGAAGCUGCUGACGGACAUCCUGCGUGGCGAAUGGGGCUUCAAGGGCUACGUGGUGAGCGAUGAGGGAGCCCUGGAGCUCAUCAUGCUGGGGCACCACUACACCCACAGCUUUCUGGAGACAGCGGUUGCCUCGCUGAACGCUGGCUGCAACCUGGAGCUCUCCUAUGGCACGAGAAACAACGUCUUCACACACAUCCCGAAGGCUCUGGCCAUGGGCAACAUCACACUGCAGAUGCUGCGUGACCGCGUCCGACCCCUCUUCUACACACGGAUGCGGCUGGGGGAGUUCGACCCCCCGGCCAUGAACCCCUACAGCGACCUGGACCUGAGCGUUGUGCAGAGCCCUGAGCACCGCAACCUUUCACUGGAAGCUGCUGUCAAGAGCUUCGUGCUGCUGAAGAACACGCAGGGGACGCUGCCUCUCCGGGCUCAGGACCUGCUUGGCAAGCGCCUUGUGGUGGUGGGUCCCUUCGCUGACAACCCACGGGUGCUGUUUGGGGACUAUGCACCGGUGCCCGAGCCGCAGUACAUCUACACUCCCCGGAGGGGGCUGGAGAUGCUGCCAGCCAACGUCACCUUCGCAGCAGGCUGCCAUGAUCCACGGUGCCACUGGUACUCACGGGUAGAGGUGGUGGCUGCAGCAGGGGCAGCUGAUGUAGUGGUGGUCUGCCUGGGGACAGGGAUAGAUGUGGAAACAGAAGCAAAGGAUCGGAGGGACCUGUCCCUGCCUGGCCACCAGCUGGACCUGCUGCAGGAUGUGGUGCAGGCAGCUGCUGGACGUCCUGUCAUCCUGCUGCUCUUCAAUGCCGGGCCCCUGGACGUGAGCUGGGCACAGGCACACGAGGGUGUGAGGGCCAUCCUGGCAUGCUUCUUCCCUGCCCAGGCCACCGGCCUUGCCAUUGCCAGGGUCCUGCUGGGCGAGCCGGGGGCUAACCCAGCCGGCAGGCUGCCAGCCACGUGGCCUGCGGGCAUGCACCAGGUGCCACCAAUGGAGAACUACACCAUGGCGGGGCGGACGUACCGGUACUACGGGCAGGAGGCCCCGCUCUACCCCUUCGGCUACGGGCUGUCCUACACCACCUUCCGCUACCGGGACCUGGUGCUGAACCCUCCGGUGCUGCCCAUAUGUGCCAACCUCUCUGUGUCUGUGGUGCUGGAGAACACGGGGCAGCGGGAUGGCGAGGAGGUGGUGCAGCUGUACCUGCGGUGGGAGCAGUCAUCUGUGCCAGUGCCCCGCUGGCAGCUGGUAGCUUUCCGACGCGUGGCUGUGCCGGCUGGCCAGGAGACCAAGCUGUCCUUCCAGGUGGUGGCUGAGCAGCGUGCUGUCUGGGCACAGGACUGGCACCUCGAGCCUGGCACCUUCACCCUUUUUGCUGGUGGGCAGCAGCCAGCCCAGCAGAUGCGGGUGCCCUCAGAGGUGCUGAGCGCACGAUUCACAGUCACUGGCACAGCUCGGCCCCUGCAUGUGUGCUAGGACUGAGGAUGGCUGCAGGGCUGGGCAUCAUGGGGUAUUGGUGGAGGGAAGGGGCACAUGUCAUUGCCAUGUGCCCUGGCAAGGAUGGUUUGCCUCAUAAUAAAGCUCUGGGUGCU